UUUUCUAUCUUAAGAAAGUUGAAAAACAGAACAAAAGAAUUGACGCAGGAGUAAAAAUAAAGUAGCAUCAAACAUUAUCUCAUCGUGCUCCAUUAUCUUCUCGGCGAGGCGGCGAAACCACCAUGGCAGAUGACCCCUUCACCAAAUUCAGAUUCGAACUAUGAAAUUCUGCAAGAUCUAUGAAAAUUACAUGAAGCAAGUGGGGAAGACGCUUCCUGGCAUUGGAUACAGAAGGCUAAAGAAAGAUAUUAACAAGUGUAGGAGUCAUAUUCAGUCCUGUAAUGACGCUCUUAGUACUGUUGAUUGUUCAGUGUGUGAUGGGACUUUUUUCUCCUCCCUCUUUGACGAAAUGUCAGCUGUUGUUGAUUGCUUUCUUGAAGAGGCUCAGAAGUUGCUUGACUCACCAUCUUUAUGCCUGUUGGGCAAUUGGAUAUACUCCUGCUUCGACUGCUCAAGGAACGGGGUAAAAUACCACAAUGAUGUUUUGAUUAAAGAGGGUCAAGAACUGCUUAUUUAUGCAAUUGUUAAUGCAAUUGCAUUUAGAAAAAUUCUCAAAAAGUAUGACAAGGUUCAUAAAUGUGAAAAAGGGAGAGAGUUCAAAUCAGAUGCCCAGGUUAAGCAUGUUGACAUCCUUCAAUCUCCAUGGUUUUAUGAGCUCAUGUCUUCUCAGAUCAACUUGAGGGACAAAAAGCUAAAAGCAGCCAGUGGAGAUGUAUCGUUGUUGGAAGGGCUGGCCCUCACUUUCAAUAAUGACAAGCCUUCUAUGAGUUGUGGGCUUUUUCAUAACUUCAAGAUUGAUGUUGAUUUAAUCUGUCCGAUAUGCUUGGAUAUAGUUUUUGAUGCGGUUGCUCUAACAUGUGGGCAUAUCUUAUGUUAUACGUGUGCUUGCUCCACUGCUUCAGUGACUAUAGUCGAUGGAUUGAAGGCAGCUGCUCCACGGCAAAAGUGUCCGCUUUGUCGACAGGAUGUGAGUAUUAACCUACCGGAUAGAUUCAACAUCAAAAUUGAGGGGGAAAAUGUACUCCCUUUAUCCCUAUGGGAAUGUAUGAGCGGGGUUCAUUGUAAAGAUGGAGUUGAGGCUAGGGUAUAUAAUGAUGCUAUCCGUUUGGAAGAACUUAACAUUCUGUUAAGCAGAAGGUGUCCUGAGUAUUGGGAAAAGCGGCUCGAAACAGAGAGAUCAGAGAGGCUUCGGCUAGUGAAAGAACAUUGGCAGGCUCAAUUGCACGGCCUGGUCUCAUGAGUCAUGACAGUUUGAGCUUUGUUGUUAGAAUUGCUCACUUUACUCUUUCUAAUGUGGAUGGCUGGAGUGCCUGGAGAGGAUAAAGGGAUAUUUUACUUUUCAAUUACAAGUACAUACAAAGAGGCUUCUUUCUGUAGAUCUUGUAAAUAUAAGAAGGUGGAGAAUGAUCAUUCAUAUAACAUGAUUAUAACUUGUCUUUGAUUAACAGGUGGGAUAUUGUUCUUGUACUAAUAAGCUACUUACGAAGUUGUA